CAUCCAUUUUUUUUCCCUCAGUUUGUGUCAAGAUGUAUCAUCUGAUAAAGGAAUGCUCCGUCUUAUAGCUUGACGAAGGGCAAGCCGCCGGUGAGCUUAGCGUGCAUUUUGCAUUUCCGUUCCUGCCGCUUUUUAAAGUGCCACGGAGAUGUAGCCCGAGCAACGUUGGUGUCAUGCGGUUUACGAAUACCAUCGCGAGGGUGCGUCCGCUCAUUCUAACUGUGACUCCCAACUUCCAACACAAGCACGAAAAGCUCCACGAUGUCAGCCAGUCACACCCACGCUUGGAAGCAGACAGAGGAUGGAAAGGCCAUGCAGCGGCCGCUCUGGGGUGUGGAGCGGAUGGCGGACAGCUUCGAUCGUUACUUUGGUCGGCAUUGGACCAUCAAAUCCUCCGUCUUGCUACGUUCUCAGACACCGCUUCAAGACCUCGAGGCGCGAAUCCGUGAUGCCUGGAUUGCCACAAUGUUCUUCAACCCACUUCUGGGAGCAGACUUGGUUGCAGAUCCAGAUGCGCCUCCAGCAAAUCGGCUGCUGCGCUAUGAGGCCGCGCUCAGCCCAGAGCGAGCAUCCGGAUGCUUCCAUCACGAGCGCGGCCACGGAGACCUUGCUGGAUGUGCCGAAGCCUUGCGAGUCAGUCUAAUGGACGCCUCAGCCACCAGCCCUGCCCGCUUGGCUCACUUGUACCUGAUCACCAGCAAGGAUGAUGAGCACGCAUUUGCGCUUCUCCUCGAUGCAUCACACGUCAUCCUCGAUGCUAUUGGUGUGUUGAAGACGUUCGAGGCAGUCUUGAAGCACCUUGAUGAAGAGGGCAUGCCUGGAAAGGGGUCCACGACAGUGCACAAACACGUCUUUGGGAUACCAGAUUCUCAGCGUCUGAGCUUGCUCGCCAAAAAGGCGGGCGCAACAGUCUCGGCGAUGCUGGACGCCGCGAUACGCUUGGCAAUCUGGAUAGUGUCCAGGGAGGACCUUGACAACUUCUGCCUCUUUCCGCUCUCGACAAACGGACGCGAGUACUUUAGUGACGAGCUCAAGUCGUCAUACAUCGGCCUUGCCAUUGGAGGCGUGUGUUGCACGAUCAGCCUGCGAGGACUACCCAGGGACCCGGAUGCGCUUGCCCGCCAACUGCCUGCCCUCGCAGCCGAGCUUUAUCGGCAGUAUCGCGAGCAGAUGAAUGCAGAAUCUCACUUCAUCGUGGAGCAGGGCAAUCUGGCCAUUGCAGGUGACAAGGAGCUGCAAGCAAUGUUCGGUCGAGGCACUGUAAUGUCGCACCUGGGAAUUCUUGAACGACGCAUGACCACCUCGUUUGAGAAGGUUGAAGUCGAUGUCGUAGAUUUCAAUCUCGCCGUCCAUCAACGAAUGCCAAGGCUCUAUGUUGCCAGUUGGAGCUUGAACAGCCGAAUCGCUCUUCAAGUGAGCCAUCCUACCAGCUUCGAUGCAAGCAAUCCAAGAGCCGUCCUAGAUCUUGCAGUGCGUAUCAUCUCCGCGUCCCUCGAUAGUCUUUGAGUUGUUGCCCGCGCAUGCACAGACUCGGAACAUUGGCACUUGGCGUGCAAUGAAGCUCUUCUCGGCAGCUCAAUCCUGUACGCAAACGAUGGAUCGACUUUGCAAUUCCAUAAAGCGGAUUAUCAUGUGGACUACUUGGGCGAUACUAUCUUGCAGUGUAGCAAUCGUGUCUCAACGUAGAAGCCAGCCGGUGACUGUCUGGGAC